AGUGCAACAGUUUUUUGAAACAUUGAGUCUUACAGUCAUUUACCCAGACUUUUAAACAGCGGUCGUAUUGUAACCGUCUUUUCCUCUCCACUUCUCUCUCAUUCAACUCAUCUCUCAUUCAAAGUGAAUGUGAUUUCAAAAGUUUAAAAGUCGUUGUGUUUUGAAAAACUACUCUUUUAUUAUAACAUUUGAUUGUCUUUUACGUCCAUUUGUGGCCACUUUUUACCGCUUUUAUUGUCGUUGUAAUCGCCGCCAGAGUUGUGGACAAUGUCUCGCCGUAAUGACAUCGCGAAGAUCGAUAUACCGGAUCUGGUCUGCGACACGAAGACCAACCGCAAGUACCGAAAGGGAAAAUUCUUGGGACGGGGAGGUUUCGCCAAAUGCUAUGAAUUGAUCGACACAUCCGACGGAACCAUUUAUGCGGGAAAAGUGAUCGCAAAGUCACAACUCGUUAAACCCGACCAAAAGGAAAAGAUGACUCAAGAGAUAACAAUCCACCGAUCGAUAAAACACCAGCACGUGGUCGAGUUCGUCACAUUCUUCGAGGACAAGGAUUUCAUUUAUAUAAUUCUGGAGCUCUGCAGCAAACGAUCGUUGAUGGAAAUGCAUAAAAGGCGUAAAACACUGGCGGAGUCUGAGGUGCGGUAUUACGUGCGACAGAUUGCCAACGCGUGCCGGUAUUUGCACGACAACCGGAUAGUGCACAGGGAUCUCAAGUUAGGCAAUCUGUUCCUCAACGACAACAUGGAGAUCAAAGUGGGAGACUUCGGUUUGGCCACAAGGAUUGCGUGCGAAGGCGACCGCAAACUGACGCUCUGCGGCACUCCUAACUAUAUCGCGCCCGAAGUGCUCUUCAAAAAGGGCCACAGCUAUGAAGUGGACGUCUGGUCGUUGGGCUGUAUUGUAUACACACUG